UUAACACUUAACAGCAUGUCGCUUCAAAAAUUAUCACUAGGAAUGAACAACUUUGUCGGGUCCAUACCAGCUUUGUCGAACAUUGGCCCACCCUUGCAAUAUCUUAAAUUGCAAUCAAACAAUCUUUCUGGGACCAUACCUUCUUCUUUAGGGAAUUUUUCUUCGCUUCGCUACCUCUUGCUUGGAGAUAAUAAUUUCCAAGGUAGAAUACCAAUGAGUAUAGGCAAUAUUCUGUACCUGAGAGUACUAGAUCUCACUUAUAAUUCUUUGUCUGGGACAGUCCCUAACACUCUUUACAACAUAUCAUCACUUACAUACCUUGGCAUGGGUAUGAACAUACUUGUAGGGGAAAUUCCAUAUAACAUCGGAUAUACCCUUCCAAACAUCCAAACUUUGAUUAUGCAAGGAAACAACUUCACAGGACAAAUCCCCAUUUCAGUAGCCAACACAACCAAUCUUCAGGUGAUCAACCUCCGCGACAAUUCAUUCCAUGGUAUUGUUCCUUCUUUUGGGACUCUUCCUAGUCUAGUAGAUAUGAAUCUAGGCUGGAACCAACUUCAAGCAGGAGAUUGGUCUUUCUUAUCCUCAUUGACCAAUUGCACACAACUGGAGAAGUUGCGCUUGGAUGCAAACAACCUUGAGGGUGUCUUGCCCAAUUCCAUUGCAGGCCUUUCAAAGAGUUUAGAGUUAUUGUUAUUAAGAUCAAAUAGAAUAUCUGGCACUAUACCUUUGGAGAUACAGUACUUGACAAGCCUCAGACGUCUUUACAUGGAACGCAAUUUGCUUACUGGAAAUCUUCCUGAAUCAGUUGGAAAUCUUUCCAACUUGUUUGUCUUAAGCUUGUCUCAGAACAAACUUUCUGGAUCAAUUCCACUUUCUGUCGGUAAACUGAGUCAACUGAGUGAGCUCUAUUUACAGGAAAAUAAUUUUAGUGGCCCUAUCCCAGGAGCUUUAGCAGGCUGCAAGAAGUUAGAAAAACUAAACCUCUCUUGUAACAGCUUUGAUGGGAGAAUACCAAAGGAGUUGUUUUCUCUUCCCUCCCUUUCCCAGGGUUUGGACUUGUCCCACAACCAACUCUCUGGACAGAUACCUCCGGAGAUUGGCAGCCUGAAAAAUCUUGGGCCACUGAAUAUUUCCCAUAAUCAACUUUCUGGACAAAUACCCCCCACUCUAGGUCAGUGCGUCCAUCUGGAGUCCCUCCACAUGGAGGGUAACCUCUUUCAUGGGAAAAUCCCUCACUCCUCCAUAAGUUUGGGAGGCAUCAUUGAGAUGGAUCUAUCUCAAAACAACUUAUCAGGUGAAAUCCCUGACAUCUUUAAGUUCUUUAAGUCUAUGAAGCUUCUCAAUUUGUCCUUCAACAAUCUCGAGGGUUCUGUACCAGCAGAUGGAAUAUUUCAGAAUGGAAGAAAGGUUUUUAUUCAAGGGAACAUGAAGUUAUGUACCAGCACGCCAUUGCUACGGGUGCCAUUUUGCAAUGCAGAGGCAUCCAAACAAAGGAAUAGCUCCAGCAUUCUCAAGAUAGUAGGAUUUACAGUUCUUUCUUUGGUCCUGUUAUCAUGCUUUGCAACCAUUAUUUUGAAGAAGAAAAAGAACUUCAAACAAGCAGCUCAUCCAUCCUGCAAAGAGUUGAAGAAGUUCACAUAUGCUAAUUUAAUGAGGGCAACAAAUGGUUUCUCAUCAGAUAACUUGAUCGGUUCAGGAAAAUAUGGGUCUGUGUACAGAGGUAGAAUUGAAUCUGAAGAACAUGAAGUUGCCAUCAAAGUUUUCAAACUCAAUCAACUCGGAGCACCAAAAAGCUUCAUUGCUGAGUGUGAAGCAUUGAGAAAUACUCGUCACAGGAAUCUUAUAAGGGUGAUUACUGCAUGCUCAACCAUUGAUCCAACAGGACAUGAUUUCAAAGCUAUUGUUCUUGAAUAUAGUGUUAACGGCGACCUGGGAAGUUGGCUCCAUCCAACAGUCCAUGAGGAUGGUCAGAGAAGGCCAUUGAGUUUCGGUACAAGAAUAGUAAUAGCAGUGGACAUAGCUGCUGCUUUGGAUUACCUCCAUAACCAAUGUGUGCCUCCUAUUGCACACUGCGAUCUGAAGCCUAGCAAUGUCCUUUUGGAUGAUUUCAUGGGCGCACGUGUUGGAGAUUUUGGGUUGGCUAAGUUCCUGCAUAGUUACAAUUCUUCGGACAUUCAUACUUCUACAAGCUUAGUGGGGCCAAGAGGAUCAGUUGGAUACAUUGCCCCAGGUAAUAUUUUCUAAAUAGAAGAUGCUUUGUUUUUAAUUAAAAAGAAUGCAAGUUGUGUUAAUUGAUUGUUUGAAUGACUUAUGCAUACUGCAGAAUAUGGAUUUGGGAGCAAAAUCUCCACUGAGGGCGACGUAUUUAGCUCUGGAGUCAUCAUCUUAGAAAUGCUUACAGGAAAGCGUCCAACCGAUGAGAUGUUUAAAGAUGGCCUGACCCUUUACAAAUUUGUUGAAAAAUCAUUUCCUCAAAAGAUUGAGGAGAUUCUAGACCCUAGAAUAGUUCCAGGUUAUCGAGGUGAAGGUGAAGAUGCAGGCAGUAAUUCAGACCGGGAACGAAUGGUUGCAAUGAGCUGCAUCAUAAAGCUCAUGGAGCUUGGGUUGCUGUGCUCUGCAGACACACCUAAAGAUCGGCCAACUAUGCAGGACAUAUACAAUGAAGUUAUCGCAAUCAAAGAAUCAUUUUCAGCAUUGGAGGGCUGAGGAAAAGGAAAAUGCAUGAUUCCUUGAAGAAGAGUAGUUUACAUUUCUUGACUAAAUUGUCCAAAAGGAAAAGUCUAUUGUGAAGCUUUUCCUAGCCUGCUCCUCCCCUGUAUCCUGUGAUUUUUUUUUUUACAUUGUCGCACCUUGCGACACCACUGUAAAUCUUACGCACCUUAAUAUAAUGAAGCAGCCCAGCUGCAUUCGUCCAAAAAAAAAGUCUAUUGUGUAUGCAAAUUUCAACCAAUCUAGCUAUAUGGAAUAAUGUUCAGCACUGAAACUUCCCUGUCUUACUCUGUUUUUUCUAACACCUAACAAACUAGUACUCUCUCCGAUCCAAAAUAAGUGUCGCAGUUUUGAACUAAGGUUGGAUUGGAGGGAGUACUAAUUUUUUUUCUGUUUCUAUGUCUUUCAAUUUGCCUGCUAUUGCCAGGCAUGCAUAUAUUGCUCUAUGCUUAAAAGGGUGCAUUUGUACUUAACAUGAAGAUUAAGGUGGUUAAAAGUAGCACGGCAGUAGAUAAAGGUAGAAAGUCCAUUUCAAAUCCCAGAAAUACUGAAGCCCGUCAUUUACAAAACUGGUUAUAUAAUCUUAACGCCUUUAAUAUUUGAAAACCAGGUUAAAUUGCCCUAAGGUGGUAGGGUUCGGUUGGUUAACCUCCUAAUAUUCCAAAACCAGGUUGAAUCACACCCUAAGGGCUAAGGCCCGUUUGGCAUGGCAAUGUUGACGAGGUGGAUUGAACUCAACGUGGCUUUGAUGGCUUUCCAAGUUUGUAUUGUACAAAAAACAUAACCUCAUUUUCACUGACCUGGAUGGAUGUACCAAGGGGCGGUGGCUGCUCUGAAACCUUUGGUCGAACAGGUGGUGGGCGUUCAUGCCGAUCCAGGGGCGCCGCUCGCCGUUGGACAUGCCGGCAAGCACACCGUUGGUGGAGGGCGCGAGCGCCUCGUCGGCCACUGGUCUUCCUCACGGUCCGCGCCCAACGAUCGCACAUCUAGAAGCAUCCUCAAAAUUGGGUUCAAAGUCAGGACUCGGGAUUGAAGACAGCGAGAGGGUCUCAACAGCGGAUAAUCAGAAGCAAACCCCCGCCUCCCUGGAUCUGAACAGCACCCUCCUAGGAACUGCCCCGGCUUUGCUCAUCAGCUGCUGCGCGAGUGUCUGACAGUCGACAGUGCGGCUGGCCUGCCAAGCUUCGUCGACUGGAUUUGAACGUGCUCAUCGGCAGGACGAACUCCAUUUUUGUUUCUGUUCUU